AUGGCUGAAUUCAAAUUAUCCUAUGAGUCACAGCUAGUAAGUGAAGCCAAUGCAAUGCCCUUCAACCCAUCCGUCUUAACACGAACCCUGUACCGUCAGGAUGCCUUCCACCCCUCUUUCCGCUGGGAAAGCCGCGACCCCAGAGACGACUGGAAGACCGCUGCUCUCCGCGGUCCAGCCUUGCCAGUACUUGGAAACGCCGUGGCCGGCGCCGUUGGCUCAGCCAUCUCCAACGUCAUCGUCUACCCGCUGAACGUGAUCGUCGCCCGCCUCCAGACGCAGGCAAAGAAGGAUAAAUCAAAAGAGGGAUCCGACGAUGAAUCCGACGAUGAAUCCGAGUACACCGACAUUCUCGACGCAGCCCGAAAAAUCUACGAGCAGCAAGGCCUCGUGGGCUUCUACCCCGGCCUGGCGCAAGACACCUGGAAGUCGGUCGCUGACUCGUUCCUUUUCUUCCUCGCAUACAACACCAUCCGACAGCGGCGAAUAGUCGCACGAGUUGGGCCCGCCAAGGCGAAAAGCAAAAACAUCGUCCUUCCGAUAUGGGACGAGCUCGCGGUCGGCAUGGUAGCCGGUGCCUUCUCAAAGCUGUUCACCACGCCGCUAUCCAACAUCGUCGCCCGCAAGCAGACUGCAGCGCGGAAAGGUGCGCAGGGGGGCAAGGACGCGUCGACAGCAGACAUUGCGAGCCAAAUUCGGGCUGAGAAGGGUCUCGGAGGCUUUUGGUCUGGAUACUCGGCGUCCUUGAUCUUGACCCUGAACCCGUCGAUCACCUUCUUCCUGAAUGAGGUGCUGAAAUACGCCCUUCUCCCGCGCGCGAGGCGCGCGGCCCUCACCUGCGGUGACGUUUUUCUUGGCGGCUCUGAGCAAAUCAACGGCGUCAUCCAUCACGUAUCCGUUCUCCCUGGCAAAGACCCGGGCACAGCCUUGAAGGGAUUCUUCUCGCAUGGGUUUACUAUGCUGGCGAAGGAUGCUGUCUAUGCAACUAUCGUCAAGGCUUACUACCUUCUUCUGAUAGUGAUGCGCCGGUAUCCUUCCCCUGAUGAGCUUCUUGCGCGCGCCCGUGAGCAGGCGGAAGAGUAUAGUGAAAUUGCGCGCGAGGGUGCCCGUGACUUAGUUGAGCGGGCGCGCGAAGCGGCCGAUGACGCGCUGAAGAAUCACUCUGGCGGUGUCGCUGUUGAUAUGACUUCGAGUGCUGUGGCUGCCGGUGCGGCUGCCACGAAGAGUGGGAGUGCAGGGCAUGGUAUUGAUGCUUCUUCUGGAUUGAAAGUCCCGCAUGCUCAUGAUGAGAUCAACGAGACUGCUGAAUUGGUCGGAGAUUAUGUUGAGGAGGAGGCUGCUGAGUGGAAAAGCUUUUACCAUUGGUUCUGGGACAAGGAACGUAUGAAGGGAUAA